GUAUGCAGACUUAACGAAGCGUGAAGAUGACUCAGCUGCUUCACUGCACAAAGGUGUAAACAAAUCUAUCAGCUCACAACUCUUUCUUGAAACAACACUACAAACAGAUGCAGAAAUGAAAGCUUUGCAGAGAUGAGAUUGUAAUGUAACUUUUUUUAUACAAAAAAACUUGCAAAGUUGGAGUUACCAGGAAAAAGGUUGAUUGGUUGAGAAAUUGGUGUGUUAGCAAUGAAUGGUAUUUGGCCAGCAUUAUCUUUAUUGCUUGCGAUCAUUUGUGUUGGAUACACCAAUGCUGGUUUAUGGGAUGUUAUAAAACGUUCACGUCGAAAUUAUCCCGAUAAUGAAUUAGCUAUGAUGUAUUGGAAUUCGCCCGUCUCCUUCGGAGUAUACGUCAACAAUGACUUCGGUGGUGAUGGGACGGGUGAUACUAUAAAACGUACAGACACUCCCCUGCAUCCAGCGGGUAGUGGAAGCGGUAGUGGUGGAAACUACUUCGCUGACAGUGCAAAACGUGAUUCAGUUCCAACUCCAAAGAAGGUGGAGAUGGAAAAGAAAUCAGAAUUAACAGCACAAGCAGCCAAGGUGGAAGUGCAGGGAGAAGAUGACGAAACGAAGCGUCACACAACAGUCACGUGCCAAGGUCAAAAGGAAUGGCUGCAAUGUCCUAUGUAUCACUUAAUAAAAAUCAACAGUGCAUUCUGGGGUCGAGACGAAGAAGCCGCUUGUUCGAAGUCUAGUGUAGAACAUGGAUUAAAAACUGAUAAAAUGUGUGCUCAAGAUGAAAGCAACACAAUGAUAAAAGUGCAAAACGCCUGCGAUGGAGAGAGUGCAUGUGAAUUAGUCUCCUCCCCUGUGUAUUUCGAUCGUACUGAUUGUCCAGAUGUUUACAAAUUUUUAAGAGUUAACUGGGAAUGUGCUCACAGCGAGUCCAGGCUAAAAGAUACGAUAGACGGGGGUACGAAAGACGUUGCCGAGAAUACACAAGUGGAAAAACCUUCCAACACGACUAGUACUUUGAAGUAAAAACAACAUCGUAGAAUAGGACAAAGAGGAUAUGAUCUAAUAAAGCAAAAGAGAUGUGGUACUCCACACCGUUAGACUAUUUUAAUAUCUUGAAUACUUCUUUCGAUUGAUUUGAGAAAACGAAAAAAAGGGGGAUAGGUGAGGCAAUCGAGAAAAUUAUGCGGCUGCUGCUCCAGAGUUAACCAUAUUUCUGGAUAGCUAGGUACGCUUUAAAAACAGCCAAUCACAACUAUUGAUUCCCUACAUUUGCCCUGAUAGCAUACUGCACGUAGUGUAGAGGGCAUCAUUUGUACUGUACAUAACCUUAAUACUUAUACACUUGUUCACUAGUAAAGGUUUUUAUGUUCUUUUUUAGAAAGUUUUGUGAUAACAUAUUUAUAUGAUUAUUAUAUGUUUUAUAUAUA